ACUUCCGGUAUAAAAUCGCGAAAUUACUCUGCGAAUCACUUACUUACCAUCGAGUCCCCAAACGAGAAUAUCUGUUUAUGGUAAACUUUUAAGGAGAAUCAUGCAUUUCUCCACGGCCAAGUUAUUGAUGAUAUUGGCGUCGUUUGCCGGAACUCAUAUUCGAGCCGAGGAAGGGUCGCUCCGAAGCGCCCUAAACGCGAUCAGCAAGCGCCAGCAAGAUUUGGGCGAUUAUCCCAAGUAUUCCGACGACUUUUACAAUGACCCCGAGCGAUAUUUGGCUGAAAAUGGUAACGAUCUCGCAUUUCUCAACUCUCCAGAUAAAAACAAUCAAGAUUACAAAGAUUCUAUUUACGAGUACUCUGCUGAUGAUGGUGACAAUAAAAUAAUAUCAUCGGCUUUUCGGGAACGCAUCGAGGAAGAUAAAUCGCGACAAAAAGAAAAAUUUGAAAAUUUAGCUUCCGGCGAUUUGAACGAGAUUAAUAGCUCCGACGAUAACGCCGAUUACUUAGAGUUUUUACACGAAUUAUGGGAGAAAUACGGUAGGAAUUACCCGGAAAUUUUAAAUUAUUACAUGGGAAUCCACGCGAAUAAGGGUGAUAUCAAAAAACGGAGCCAUCCACAUCAUUAUACAGGUUUAGGUUUAGAUUCUGUCGGAAUGAAAAAGCGCAGUUACAAACCCAACGAAGCCGCCGAUUACUUAUACUUAAUUAACUAUCCCAAUAAAGACGACUACUCAAUAUCCAAACGUUUUCCGGUAACAAAACGAAGCAGCAGCAAUUAUUACCCAAUCCCUUACACCAACGAGUUUAACAAACCGGUGAAAAGAUCACCAAAAAAAGAGGUAACCCCAACAAAAACCGAUCCCAAAGUCGCGCAAGAUCUAAGCAACAUUUUUAACCCGGAACAUAAACAUCACCCCACUGAAAAGCCGGUCACCAAGCCAAAACGGACCGAGCACGUCUCCGAAAACGAAACAACUAAAAAAUCUCAGGUUACAACUUCCUCAACAACAACCACAUCCACAACAUCAACAACAAAACGCCCUGAUAGCGACGCGGAAAAAGGGGAUGGAAAGCCGAUUCAACUAAAAAAGAAAUCCAUCGAUUGGUCCGACUAUUUUGGAAUAGACCGCAAAAAGAAAUCAGACAACUUAGAUAACGAGUGGUUAAUGGAACGUUAUCAUAAAGCCGUAGCAAUGGCCUCUAAAAGAGAUAAACAAGACACAAACCAGAAAACGACCGAAGAAAAAAUUAAUGAAAUGGACACUAAAUUAAAAAACAUUGAAUACGCAAUCGUUGAUGACGCGCUUAAAUUUACGGGCGCUCACGAAGGAGCCGUCGAUUCAAAAGAAAUUCAAGAAGUUAAAGACCGCGUUAUAUCCCAAUUGGCAACCGCUUACAGUUUGGAAAAAAUGCGCAGGGCUUUGGGCGAAUACAGAAAGAGCGUUUUAAAAGAACGAAGCCGAAUGAAUAAUCGCGAAAAAAAUGAUAAAAUCGACGAGAAACGUUUAUCCGUACCCAGAAAAUCAGCCGAAAUGGAAAAGGAAAUGGACGAAGAAGAAUUUGACAAUAAUAUUAAAUGUACCGAUGAAAAUUGUUCUAAAGAUAAAUAUGGAGAAAUGCGCGAUGGAAACACUUUGGAGUAUUGCCCCAAAGUACAACGUGUUUGUAGCGAGGUUGCUACCGUUUUGGGUCAUUAUGGAAAAAUUUUUGAACCAGCUUGUGCUAUGCAUCAAAUGUGUUUACUUUGUGCUGAUAAUAGUUGGUUUAGUCCAACCCGUCAAUGCAACAUGCUUUUCUUAAAUAAAACCGAUUAUUUAUGCAAUGAUGAUAUGGAAUGUCGCGAAAUGGCACGUCACUCAGUUCGAUAUUUAUUAGAUGUGAAUCAUUUGUUGAGGUCAGAACCGCCGGAUACUUGCGAACUGGUCUGUUAAGCUACCAUAAAAGUUCAAGAUGACUACAUAAACAAAAAAAAUUAAAUAAAAUAAAAUGAGGGAGCCCGAAAUAUCGCGGCUCCCGUCGGUGUACUAAUGAUGUUUUCAAAACGUAUACAAUGUAGGUGUUGCUUAGCGAUCUUAUGUUCUUUCUCGAUGUGUCAUCCUUUAUGUGUCUAAGACACCAUAAAAAACUAAAAAAAAAUUGAAACAAAAUAAAUAAAUAAAUCGAAUAUGAACAAGGAUUGUUAGUGGAGAAAAAAACAAAAAAGACGAUUUUAAAUAAAUUGUUUUAUUCAUUAUUUAUUAAUUGGGUGAUCAUUAAGCUGUUUAUUGAGAUAUAUUUUAUGUUUGCGUUAAUGGUAAUUAUUUUACAGGUGAAAGUUUUUCUAUUGAAAAUAAAAGAAUUUAUAUUGUUUAUAUUUUCCGAAGGGACUUGUAAAAAAAAAU